UGAGAGGCAUCUGUGUGAAAAAGAAACUUGGAGGAGGGUCAGGCUCCAGCACAGGAAAAACCACCGCUCUGCUCCGACGGCUGACUCAAACAGGUGAGGACGGCUCAUGCCAGGCUCGGUUCAUUCUGAGAAGGGACUGCACACUAUUCCUCACUUCUCGUGGAACGUCUGACAGGCAUCAUGUCAACAGGGAAUGUGAGCAGAACCCAGGUGUUUAGAACCACCAAGGUACGGCAUUCCCUGAAGGGAGACAGCAGCUGGAUCCAUAAACCAAAAGACACAGAAGAAGAGGAAGAAAAGCCUCGGGCGGACCCCCCUGUGGAGACCAAACCCCUGGCCGUCAGGCAGAACUCAUACGUCCUCUCAACAGCCAAGAAAUUUGGAUCUGUCACCUCCCCUGUAAGCCCUCCUUGUGAAAAGCCACACUUCCUCCCAGCUGAAGGUGAGUCAGAUAAUCAUGCAAAUGGUGAAGAUGCCCCUGCCAAAGAUGACACUCAGCCAAAGGAUGCAACAGUGAAGGCAGCAGAAGAUAUAAAGCCUGAAGCAGCCACAGAAGAACUGAUCCAAAAUGGCGUGGAGGAGCCAGCACCUGCAACAAGUGGAAACUCAGAGGGAGUGGAACUAAAUGAGCAGCCUGCCGCCGACGCAACUUCAAAGCCCGAGGGUGAAUGUGUUGAUGCACCGGUUGAACAAUCAGAGGGCGAACCCAAAGAGGGGGCUGCUGAGGUCUCCGCAGACACUUGUGAAGGAGAUGAUGUAGGAGAAUCGUCAGCUGAGGCAGUGACAGAGCAGAGCCAAGACACGGCUGAAGUCCCUGCUGAGCUCACGGUGGAACUGAAAGAGGAGUCCAAUGAGAAACCCAAAGAGGAACCUUCAGCAGUGCCAGAGCUGGAAAAAAUUUCAAAUUUGGAGGAUGUUGCAGUGGAAUCGACCAUACAGCCCACAGAGGGGGAUGGUGAAGUUCCUCCCCCAGAAUCUGAUGAGAAACCUGAAGUGGAACCGUCAGCAGAGCCAGCAAACACUUCAAAUCUGGAGGAUGCUGCGGUGGACUCGACCAUACAGCCAGUGGAGGAGACCACAGUCGAGGCAGCCCCAGAGCCAGCUGUAGAGGAGGCAGUCACGCCUGCGGUUGAAGCUGCAGUGGAGUCAUCAGCAGAAAGCGCCGCUGUAACUAACGCAGAAUCCACUCCUCCAGACGCAGCUGUAGUUCCGCCUGUCCCUGAACUAUUUGCAGAUUCUGUAUCUGAACCUCCUAUCGAGCCUGCUGCUGAACCUGCUGUCAAGUCUGAGGAGCCUAACGCUGAAUCUGCUGCACAAGAGGAACCAGCUUUACAGAUUGAAGCUGAAGGUGCAGUGGAGACUGAAGCUCAGCCUGUAGUUGAAGCAGCUGUGGAGCAAAGUGGUGAACCAACACUGGAAACAGCAGCAGAACCCACAGUGGGAUCGAACGCUGAAGCUGCUGCUGAACCAGCCGGUGCAGAUGGUGAAGCCACACAGGACCAGGUGGUUGAAAGCACCAUUCAGCCUGCAGAGGCAACAAAUGUAGAGGCAUCCCCACCUGAAGCUGAUCCUGAACCUGUGGUAGAACAAUCAAACUCAGAGGAGCUGAAACUAAACCAGGAGUCUGCCACCACCAGCAGCUCUGAGAUGUUGCACAAUCCUGUGGAAGAUGUACAAACAACACAAACUUUACUGAAGACCAGGGACGGCCAUGCUGUUUGUUCAUUCUGUGACGAAGUAAUUGGAAAUAUCAAGAUAUCACUCAGUUACCCUCCAGUGCAAAGCCACCCUGACUGUCUGAAGUGUGGCGUGUGCCGCAGGGCCCUGGGAGACUUGCUGACAGCCAUGUUCCUGCAUGGCCAAGUGAUCCACUGUGAAAGCUGCUUUGCUAAAGCUCUCUAGACCUGAGGUCUAACCGGGACAAAGAAGUUGCCAGAGAACACUUGAAGCAUGCAUUGAUUAAUGUGUUGUUUGAAAUGGGAACUUUGCCAUCAUUGCCUUUACCCUCUAUUCAAAAGAAAUGUUCAGAGCUGCCAAUUACCAUGCCUCGUGAAAGUGUAAAGAGUAAUUUUUUAGGGCAUGGUGUUUUUUUGCAGGAUAAGGAAUUCUGUAAAAAAGAGUAUGGGAGGACAUGAUUUAUUAUUGUUCCAAAGAUAGUCAAAUGAAAUC